CAUAGCACGUCGCAACCGAUCACCACCACCACCAUGGCUCGCUCACCUGCCGAGUUCGUCUUGCUCCUUAUGGCAGCGGCAAUCUGGAGCUUCUUCCUUGUCGCCGGCGCAGGGCAGUUCCAGCCGAGCUGCAUAGGGCGCGAGAGGGACGCAUUGCUGGCCUUCAAGCAAGGCAUCAGCGACGACCCCAAGGACUACCUUGGGUCGUGGCGACAAGAGCGCCAAGAUUGCUGCCAAUGGGCAGGCAUCACCUGCGACAACGUAACCGGCCAUGUCGUCAAGCUUGACCUUGGCCAAGGAAAUUAUUUGGCCGGCCAGAUAAGUCCUUCCUUGCUCUCUCUAGAGCAUCUCGAGUACCUCAAUCUCUGGGGCACGGGACUGUGUGGGCCUGGUGGUCGUGUUCCAGAGUUCUUGGGUUCCUUAAAGAACUUGAAGUAUCUUGAUCUGUCCGGCAUGUCUUUCUCUGGUAUGGUGCCUCCUCAGUUUGGCAACCUGUCAAAGCUAGAAUACCUCGACCUAUCCCGCAUACAUUUCAACAAUACGCAGAUGGUCUUAACAGACAUCUCAUGGUUAACCCGUCUACCUCUGUUGGCGCAACUUGAUAUGAGUCUUAUCAACCUCAGCUCAAUAGCCGAUUGGCCUCUUGUUGUGAACAAGAUUCCAUCUUUGAAGUUGCUCCGUCUUGUUGAGUGCUCGCUUUCAAGUGCAAACCAAGCCCUCACACACCUAAACCUCACAAAUCUUCAUAACCUUGAUCUCUCCUUUAACCACUUUGGUCAUCCAAUCGCCUCUGGUUGGUUUUGGAACUUAACAAGCAUCAAGGACCUCAGCCUUGAUAGUAACUAUCUGUAUGGUCCAUUCCCUGAUGCACUCGCAAAUAUGACAUCCCUCCAAUGGUUAGAUUUGCAAAACAUGGGUAACAAAGCCACAAUGACAGUGGACUUGAAAAAACUAUGUGAUUUGGAGGAACUAUGGCUUGAUGGAAGCCUCUCCUCUGGAAACAUAACAGAGUUUCUAGAUAAAUUGCCACAAUGUCCGUCCAACAAAUUGCAGUACUUGUACUUGAGCAGCAACAAUAUGGCUGGAAUUCUUUCCAACAGAAUGGGGCACUUAACCAACCUAUUUUGGUUCGACAUUUCUUACAAUAACAUUACUGGAGCUAUACCGCUAGGCAUUGGGAAUCUCUCUUGUUUACAAAGCCUUGUUCUUUCUAACAAUUUUCUUACUGGUGCUAUACCGCUAGGCAUCGGGAAUCUCUCUUCUUUAGAAGCUGUUUAUCUUUCUAACAAUUUUCUUACUGGUGCUAUACCGCUAGGCAUCGGGAAUCUCUCUUCUUUAGAAGCUGUUUAUCUUUCUAACAAUUUUCUUACUGGUGCUAUACCGCUAGGCAUCGGGAAUCUCUCUUCUUUAGAAGUUCUUUAUCUUUCUAACAACCUUCUUACUGGAGCUAUACCGCUAGAGUUGGAAAAUUGCACUUAUGUCUAUCUCUCAAAUAACAAUUUUAGUGGACCUAUACAACUAGGGAUAGAGCACUGCACUAUAUUAGAAGAACUUGACCUUUCUGACAACAAUAUUGCUGGAGUUAUACCGCCAUGGUUGGGGAAUUGCACUAGUUUGAGCCACCUUUCUCUUUCUAAUAACCUUCUCACUGGACAUGUCCCAUCUAAGAUCACUUUGCUUGGCAAUUUAACUGAACUCGCCCUUAGCAACAACAAUCUAGAUGGUGUGAUCACGGAGGAACACCUAGUUACUCUAAAGAACUUAGAACACCUUGAUCUAUCACACAAUUCUUUCUCAGGUCCUCUGCCAUUAGAGUUUGGAGCGUACAAAUUAGUAGAAUUGACAUUAUCCUCCAAUUACUUCAGUGGGCAUAUUCCUAUAUCUGUUUGUACGUUGAGGAACCUACUUGUCUUGGAUUUAUCAGACAACCUUUUAGUGGGUGAACUUCCUCGAUGUUCUCAAGAGCCUAACCUGGUUUUCCUCCUCUUAAGUCACAACCGUCUUUCUGGCGAGUUACCAUCAUCACUAAAGAACUAUAAGAGUCUAGCUUUCAUGGAUCUUUCAGCAAAUAAUUUCCAUGGAACGUUGCCAUCAUGGAUUGGAGACUUAGUAUAUUUGCGCUUUUUGCAACUAAGUCAAAAUUUCUUUUGUGGGGAUAUUCCGUUGACUAUCACAAAUCUUAAACGCCUUCGUCAGCUCAGUUUAGCAGGAAACAAUAUAUCUGGUGUUAUACCCUGGUCAUUGUCAAAUUUAACAGCAAUGACCCAAAAACAUACAAAGAGACCUGGGGUCGACAUGUUUGUAUGGUACACCGGCUAUGUGGGUAAAUUUGGAGAAGUUUGGCCCAUUGUGAUGAAGCGCCAAGAACUUAAGUAUGGUAAAGGAAUUUUUAAUGUGGUUGGUAUGGAUCUAUCACUCAACUACCUAACGGGUGAAAUUCCUGAUGGGAUAACCUCUCUUAAUGGAUUGUUGAAUCUAAACUUCUCAUGGAACCAAUUAAGUGAAAAAAUUCCUGGGAAGAUUGGAGCCAUGAAAUCACUUGAAUCAUUGGACCUGUCAAGGAACAGCCUUUCUGGUGAAAUCCCAUCAAGCUUGGCAGACUUGACUUAUUUAAGCUCCUUGGACUUGUCAUAUAACAAUCUUACAGGAAGAAUUCCAGUGGGGCGCCAACUUGACACCCUCUACUUGGAGAACCAGUCCAUAUACAUGGGCAACAUUGGUCUGUGUGGCCCUCCUCUUGAAAGGAAUUGCUCGGGAAACAAUGCACCAGAGCAUGACAAUCAACAGAAAAUUGAGAAGGUUUCUGAACCUGUGUUGUUCUUUUACUUUGGACUUGGAUCUGGGUUGGUGGCUGGCCUUUGGGUUGUGUUUUGCACCCUACUGUUCAAGAAAGUUUGGAGGGUUGCAUAUUUCCGCCUCUUUGACAAGUCGUAUGACAAGGCAUAUGUGUUUGUGGUUGUUACUUGGGGCAGGAUAAACCGAGAGCCGAUAGAAACUUAAGUGUGACAACCAAUAAGGUAAUGCAAAUCAGGUGAUGUAUUUUCACCCUAUACUGAAUCUGGACUAAAUAGAGGUACCGAAGCAUUUGGCAGCUUAUGCUAGUAUGUGUUCUUUUCUCUCUAGUAGACUUAUAAUAUGAACUUUGGUCUAAUGCAUGUAACUAUUAUAUUGGGUUGUACUUACGGGUCAUGAUGAACCCGCAUGGAUUUAAUUUCCCGUCUCUCAUUCCUUUUGUGUUAAUGGUUUGUAGUGUGUAAAUUAAUGGUUUGUGAGUCUAUUAGAAUAUUAAGCUUUUCA